AUUUGAACAGAGCGCAAAAGCGAAGAAGGGCGGCGAUUUCUUCUUCUUCUUCUUCUUCUUCUUCUUCUUCUUCUUCUUCGAUCUGGGUACGAGGUUAGACUUCGAAUUCUGAGGCGUCUGAAAGAGAAGGGGGAGGAGCGACCGGCGACCGGCGAAAGGGAUAAAGAAAAGGGGGGAAAUGCACGAUUUCUGCUUCACGAUCCCGUACGGGCUGAUUCUUGUGGCGGGAGGAGUGAUGGGGUAUCUGAAGAAAGGGAGCGUGGCGUCGCUUGGCGGCGGCGCGGGGACUGGGUUUCUACUUAUCUUAGCUGGGUAUUUGAGCUUGAAAGCUUUCGAGAAGAGAAAGAACAAUUUCUUCGCUUUAGCCAUUGAAACUGUAUGUGCUGCUGCUUUGACGUUUAUCAUGGGGCAACGCUACCUGCAAACUUCAAAGAUCAUGCCUGCUGGUCUUCUUGCUGGUAUCAGUGGUCUCAUGACUGCAUUUUAUCUCUACAAAGUCGCAACCGGUGGCAACCACAUUCCGAGCAAGGCCGAGUAAUAGCACGCGUGACAUGCUACAACACUAACCUCAAAAUACAUACCGAGAUUUAUGAAUUUGGCGAUAGCUCUGUAUUGAAAGCACCCUGCAGCUUCGUUUGACACAUCUGUAUCAUUAUCUUAUCGUACAUGUGCUUUUUAUAGACUAUUCUCGACGGUAUGCUUUGUUUUCACCGGGAUUAGACUAUUCUCGACGCCCAAACAUAAAUUAUGUUGGUUCCUAACUCUUGUAUCACCAUAACUUCUGUCACUGUUUUUUAUCUUUCCAUUUCUCAUCAUCCUCCCUCCCAACCAGAUUAUGGAACUGCAAGCAGUGACCAAACUGUCAUAGAUUCAAACAUACAGAAUGUCACCAAACUUUUUGUGUCAGUCUUCUGAUUGUUUUGAGCAAACAGAAAGUUGCAAGUAUUUCCUGAAGAGU